AUGUCAUCGGCGCCGUCUCCGAGUGCUACUCCGUUACCUCCUCUCCCGCCUAUCGUCAUUCCUCCUUUACCUCCCUUGACACCUCCUCCUUCGCCGCCUACCGCCGAUCCUCCUACAACUCCCGUGAUACCUCCUCCUCCGCCUCCUACCGCCGACCCUCCUCCGCCUCCUACCGCCGACCCUCCUACAACUCCCUUGCCGCCGCCUCCUCCGCCGCCAUCCCCCGAUUUGACGCCUCCACCUCCGUCUUCUCCCUUCCCGCCUUCUCCUCCGCCACCGUCUCCCGCCACUCCAACUCCUUUGACCCCUUCUCCGCCAUCCCCGUCCACCGAUCCAACAUCUCCGCCUCCGCCUUCUUCACCUCCGUCUCGCCCAUCUCCCUCCACACCCCCUCCGCCUCGGCCGGUGACUCGGACCCCUCCACCACCUCCAGCGAGUCCCUCGGGCAGAGGAUCUCCUAGUACUCCAUCUAUCCCCUCAGGCUUUUCUCCACCGCCUCCGUCUUCCUCUCCCAAAGGAGGAUUAUCAACGGGAGUGGUGGUUGGAAUCGCCAUAGGAGGAGUAGCUCUGCUUGUAGCAUUGACUUUGAUUUGUUUCUUGUGUAAGAAGAAACGACGCAGAGAUGUAGAAGCACCUCGUGGUCCCAACGGCCGUUACGGUGCACAGAAGCAACAAAACGCAUCACAACCAUCAGAUCACAGGGUGACGUCACCGCAACCACAAAACCCUCCCUCGGCGCCACCACGUCCGCGGGGUUUCAUGAGCAGCAGCAGCAGUGGUGACUACGACUCAAACUACUCGGAUAAUGCAGUUCAUCCUCCACCAUCUCCAGGGAUUGCAUUAGGCAGCUAUCAAGGCACUUUCACUUACGAGGAGCUAGCUAGAGCCACCAACGGAUUCUCUGAGGCCAAUUUGUUAGGGCAAGGCGGGUUCGGAUACGUGUACAGAGGUAUAUUGCGUAAUGGUAAAGACAUUGCUGUGAAACAGUUGAAAGCUGGGAGUGCUCAGGGAGAGAGAGAGUUUCAGGCAGAGGUAGGGAUCAUUAGCCGAGUUCACCAUAGGCAUUUGGUUGCUCUUGUCGGUUAUUGCAUCGCGGAUGCUCAGAGAUUACUUGUCUAUGAGUUUGUUCCUAACAACACUCUCGAGUUUCACCUCCAUGGGAAGGGACGGCCUCCGAUGGAAUGGAGCUCAAGAUUGAAGAUUGCUGUUGGUUCUGCCAAAGGAUUGUCCUAUCUUCAUGAAAAUUGUAAUCCUAAAAUCAUCCACCGUGAUAUCAAGGCGGCAAACAUAUUGCUUGAUUUCAAGUUUGAAGCAAAGGUUGCUGAUUUUGGUCUUGCCAAGAUUGCUUUGGAUACAAACACUCAUGUAUCUACACGCGUGAUGGGAACUUUUGGGUAUUUGGCUCCGGAAUACGCUGCUAGCGGAAAGCUCACCGAAAAGUCUGACGUUUUCUCAUUUGGGGUUGUACUUUUGGAGCUAAUAACUGGGCGUCGCCCUGUUGAUGUAAACAAUGCAGAUGCAGAUAACAGCUUGGUUGAUUGGGCACGACCGUUGCUUACAAGAGCUCUUGAGGAAAGCAACUUUGAAGGUUUGGUUGAUCCAAAGCUGAACAUUGAGUACGAUAGAGAAGAGAUGGCUCGGAUGGUUGCUUGUGCUGCCACUUGUGUUCGCCAUUCCGCUCGUCGCAGACCUCGCAUGGACCAGGCAAUGAUUGUGUCAAAAAACGAGCAGGUUACGCGUGUGCUAGAAGGAAACAUAUCGCCGUCAGAUUUGAACCAAGGGAUCAAACCGGGUGAAAGCAAUGUAUAUAGCUCACAUGGAGGAAGCACAGAUUAUGACAUGAGCGAAGAUAAUGAAGGCAUCAACAAGCUUAGGAAAAGGGCACAUAAAACUCAAGAGUAUAGUGAAAGCAGUGAGUAUAGUAAUCCAACUAGUGAGCAUGAUUUGUACUCGAUCGGUUGGAGCUCUGAGGGUCGGACCACACGGGAAAUGGAGACAAACACUAAUAAAAGAAGCGGUCAAAGUUAUGGUGGACGCUGA